AUAAUAACCGACAUAGUGGUAAAAAUUCAGUGAUUAGAGCCUGAAUAUUUAUCAUGGAUUUAAAUACGAUACCAGCAACACAACAUUACGAUGCCGGCUUCGUCACUCUCAGUUAUAUCGUUUCAGUAAUCGGAUCAAUGACUGCAUUGGAACUGCUUCAAAGAAGAACUCACAUUCGCGGAUACUAUAAUUGGUUUUUACUUUUUGCUUCGGCUGUUGCGAUGGGCGGUGUGGGCAUAUGGUCCAUGCACUUUAUUGGCAACAAUAGUCUGACGAUUAGAAUGGCAACGGGGAAAGAAUAUUAUUUAACAUAUGCUCCCGGAUUCACAUUUGCUAGCUUAUUCGUUGCUAUCGGUGCCAUGUUUUUAGCUUUUGCAUUUGUCGGCAUUACAGAGGAAGCAAAAGUGAGAAGAAUCAUUCCUAGUGGAACUGUUGCUGGGUUUGGUAUUGUCUCCAUGCAUUAUCUCGGUCAAGUGGCAGUCAAUUUUUUCAUUUUAAAGAACAUCUUUUCAAUAAUGAUCGCUGCUAUUGUUAUUGCCGUAUUUGCAGUCAACGUAGCCUUAUUCGUGUUUUUUAAACUACGCGAACAAUGGGAGAACCAAUGGUAUAAACGACUUGCUUGUGCAAUGUUACUGGGUGGUGCUGCCUGUGGAAUGCAUUACACAGCGCUUUUAGGUACACUGUAUUAUCCCGGAAUUACAGACUCAGGUCCACCUAAACCCUUAAUGGGAACUUCAGCACUAAUUGGUAUGAUUGCCGGUAUUGUCAUAACAACUUGUAUAGUUUUGUUCAUCAUUGGCGCCAGAGCAUCUAUUCAAAACAGCACGUCGUUAUUUCAGUCAAAUAAAUCUCAAAAGAGACUGAUUUUGGAUACAGUUUUUUUCGAUACCAACGGAAGAAUUCUAGUCGGUGUCGAUGGUAUUGUUCCAAUGAAAGAAAUUUUAAAUGAAAUCCCAGAAGACGAAACGCACGAAACCUUCUCUACAAGCCAUCCACUUUUCACUCGAUUGUUUGAAACCACGAUUCAAUGGGCUAAAUCGAGAAACAGCAGUGACGAAGUCUAUGAUGCAAAUCUUAAUUAUCAAUCCUCUGACGAUAUUUACAACCUCGCGGAUCUGGGUCAUUUAUUCGAUUCUGUUUUGACUGCGAACACCAUUCGCACGAGAAGUAUAUUCUCAAAUGAUUCAAAGAAACGCGAAACACGAAGAGACUCCAGUACAUCAUCUGUUUUAUUGACGAAUUUAACUUCGAAGAAAAACAUUUUCUCGAAAAAGAAGAAUAAACAGCCAGUUAGUAGACCAGAGUCAGUUAUGUCACAAGUAGGCGAUGCAACUGUUAUUGAUAUUUUCAACAACCCUGUAUCGAAUGCUUUAGUAAUUACUCGCAACUUGUCUGUUCGUGAUUCAGAUUCGGAAGAUAGACAUAUAUUUUUGGUCAAGAAAAUCGAGUCUAACAAAGAUUUAGUUAAUCUUUUGUCGAUCGGAUUUCGAUUCGCCGAACCUAUUUUUAUUUCUAAAACAAUGGGCGAAAGACUUAAAGUGCCGUCAGAUUACAUGUUAAAUUAUUUCAAGGAUAUGCUUCAAAUGACAGAAACUGCAUCCGUAUUGUAUAAGCCUGUCAAGCCACUUGGCCAUGAAUAUUAUACAUCUCCCGCCCAACAAAGAGAAAAGCACGAAAAUGAUCUGCGAGGUGGUGUCUUUGUGGGUAUAUUCAGUCUUAUUGAAGAUGACGAUAUGCCUUACCUUAUUGUCAACAAGGAGACCCGUUACCGAUUUCCUAUGGUUCAACUGAAUCUCCAAAACGGCACCACUGAACUUUCGAGAGCAGAGAAAUCAGCUAUUCUUAGUCUUAGUGGGCAAUCAUUAUCCAGCAUUAGUUCCAUUACUGCAACAAAUUCGCGCAACCGUCAACGAAGAAGUUCCACCACAUUAUAUACUGAUACUUCCCCAAAUCAAAGUGUUGGCUCAGGAAAUACAUUGAUCAAUAUCAAGUAUAACAAUGAUGAUAGUGAUUUUUAUAGUUAUGGAGCUGAAUCAAGCACUUCGAUUGUUAAAAAUACGGAUGUAAAGACAGAACAAUUUAUGGAAGCCUUAGAAGCUGCAGCCGUAUCACUUAUCGGCAUGUCAAGUUAUGGAAAACCGUUGGCGGCGUCUGCAAAACUUUAUGGCGAUAUCAUUGAUAUUCCUGCUUUCUCCUUAAGACCUGGACCAUGUCAACUUAUCAUCUUUAAAUCUCACAUCACCACACCUGGAACUCGAUUUGCGAUUAACUCAACACUCACAGAAUCUAUCAAAUGUGUCCCUUUUCCUAUCUAUCGUAGCUAUGCAUACCAUAUUACGGAUGUAGCCGUCAAAAAAUACAGAGACGAAACCAAUCGACAUAGAACGCCUACCAAUUGUCUUAUAGAUCAACGGGUGUAUCAAAACACAGCGGGACAAAAUAACAAUUUGAUUGAGGAGAACCCGAGAUCGUCUUUUGAUGAAAACAAUCUCGAUCUUCAAGAAGAAGGAUCAACCGCACUUGCAACUAUUAUACCAGCGCCUAAAGGAGAAGUAUCUCCAAUGGAACAAGCAGCCCAAUUACAGUCAUUAUCAUCUUUACCUCCUCCACCACGCAUGAAGAGAACUAAGUUAACAUACCCAACUGGCAUUGCAUCACUCAACAAUAAUUUCUUUACAAAAGAUCUGGUACCCAACAUGAUCAAAGGUGUAAAUGUUUCAUCAUUGGAUCCUGGCAAUUCAAGUGCUGAAUCGUCAGCUCUGCUAAAUCUGUUACCUGCAACCGCAAGAUUUUGGUGGCUUAAUAAUAUGUACGAAGAGACACGUAGCUCAACCGAUUAA